GCAUUCCACCACACACUCAUGAAACCCCAACUCAAGAACAACCUUAUCCUGGCCGGCGGCCUGGCCACGUUUGCCAUCUCCGUAUUCACCUACACGGUGUCACAGCUGUCCAAGGACGACUUUGCUGGCCUCGACACGGUCAAGGUAAAUGUGCAUGAAAGCGGUAUCAAGGCCACCGUGACCAAGCCCAUCGACGCAAGUGCUACCAAGUAACUUGUAAACUACAAGGCGCAAGCCCCCUUAUGCCAUAAUGUUGCCAAGAAUUCACAUAGAACUCAUGCAUACAUUUCAAAAUUCCAUCGAAAGGGGAUAUUCUUAAGCGCUAAGAUUUCUAGUUGCUGCAAAUUGACAA